UGAUCGCCCCAGAGUUCCACUGUGAACAUGCGCACUGCAAUAAAAUUAAAGAACCCGAAACAUUUGGUGAAAAUUGUUCAUUUGUUUAAUACAGAAGAUCAAGCCAUGAUAGCCGCGAUCAGCAAAUAGUUGGUUUAAAAUUGAAAUGACAACUUCAAAUCCAUCAGGGAGAAAGCCGGCGCUUUGCCGUUUCUUUGUAAAUAAUGGGAACUGUGUUUAUGGCGAUGAAUGCCAAUUUCUCCACCAGAACCCAGGCGUAGGGUUUCAAAAACCUUUUUCAAAUGGACCGAUGCAUUCUUCAGAAAACCAGGGUAUGCCAGAUUCUCUAGGGAACAAUGGGGAUCAGUAUUUUAAUGCAACGUUUGGAGGAGAAACUGUUCCUGAAUUUAACCCUUUCUCUAGACCACCCAUGGGACGCCCUGGGCGGAGCAUGCUGGGACCCUCCGGCCCGGGGCCAAACUUUGGACCUGGUAACCAUGGUAACCCCCGUAUGGACCUGGCCUCGGGGGAGGGGAGACUAGACUGUCCUCCGGGCGGACAGAUGAGGGUAGAUAACUUCCGGUCAGACAGCGCUAGGAUGGAUCAUGGGUUAGCGUCAGAUUUCGCAGCGUUAAACCUUCAGAUCCCGAGCAGUACUAAGGGACCAAACCCAAUUGCCAAUGAGUUUAUCCCAAAGUCUUCAUCUCUAAGUCAUAGUGCUAGCUCCCCUAACUUCUCAACCAUCAACGGGAAUGGAUACGUCCCACCCCACACGAAUGGGCCACCACCUCCACCACCCAUGAUGAUGGCUGGGGGUCAGGAAAAUCACAACAUGGCAGCUGGGGUACCACCCAACAGUAUGAUGAUGUCAAACACCCCACCCCCUCAUUUAGUGCCUACAAGUGGGGUGAGUCUGUCCACCAACAGUCCUAGCCAUAGCCCUCACCUGUCUCCCUCCAACUCCCCGCUAAUGAUGCGACGGACCGCCUCCCCCAUAGCACCCCUCAAGCAAACCAACACCCCCAAAAAAUCAAACAGUGCCACCAUACAGGAGAAUGUAGGUGGCACGACCUAUUUUUAUUCCCCCGAGGACUUUAACCCUCAGCAGGAGGCCAAUCAACUGCCGAAUUUCUCCAUGUUUCCGAGUCUCCCACCACACAUAGCCCACUUAACUGUCAAAAAGAACAUGCCGCAAUUCCACAUGCCGGACGAACUCAAAAUGGAUAUCCUGAAUAGACAUGCUUUAACGAUGGCGCAACUGGACACAACCAAAGUUACAGAUAUUCCUUCAGAAGUGGACAACUACUAUAACCUUUUCCCCUUAGAACCCCCACUUGCCAACCCAAUGCAGAAAUCCAACACUUUUGGCUACCCCACCACGUGUUAUAAAGCAGUCAAUCUCAAAGACGGACUCACUUACUUAAGUCGAGUUCAUGGUUUCCGGUUGUCAAACACAAAAUGCAUGAGCAUAAUUGACAUGUGGAAAAAGAUGUACCACCCUAACAUUGUACAGCUGCGGGAAGUGUUCACGACAAAAGCUUUUGGGGAUAAUUCCAUUGUGUUUGUGUACGACUUUUUCCCGGGAGCAGAGACGCUGACAUUGAAGCACUUUAGUGGUCCGGGUGGAAUGAAUGGUUACAACAGUGCAUUUAACAUGGAGGGCGGGGGGUCAUCUAGGUCCUACAACUCCAGUAACAAAGGACUAAAUGGACCGAGGCAGCACGCAGGGUUACUCCCGGAGAGCAUGAUCUGGGCAUACGUCGUCCAGCUGAGCUCGGCCCUGAGGGCUAUACACGCCGCUGGCCUGGCAUUCAGGACUAUGGACCCCAGCAAGAUUCUCAUCUACAGCAAAUCAAGGAUACGAUUAAAUUGUGUUGGCAUUUUGGACGUGUUGACAUUUGACAGUCAGGGAAACCCUCUGGUGGCCAUACAGCACUAUCAGCAAGAAGACCUGAUGUAUCUGGGUAAAGUUGUCCUGGCUUUGGCAUGUAACACAGUCAUGGCCAUCAAGAGAGACAACUUCCAGAACUCCAUGGAGCUAAUCGCCAGGAAUUACUCAGCCGAUCUGAAAAACUUCUUCUUGUACCUCUUAACCAAUCAGAGUCGACCUCGCAGUAUUAAUGACAUCAUGCCUAUGAUUGGGGCUCGAUUCUACACUCAGCUGGACUCGGCUCAGUUAAGGAGUGAUGUCAUCGAGAAUGAACUCACCAAGGAGGUUGAAAAUGGACGUUUGUUCCGUCUUCUGGCCAAGUUAGGAACCAUUAACGAAAGACCAGAAUAUAACCUGGACAUGCAGUGGUCUGAGACUGGCGACAGGUACAUGCUGAAGCUGUUCAGGGAUUACCUAUUCCACCAGGUGGACGAGACAGGUGCUCCCUGGAUAGACAUGGCCCACAUUGUCCAGUGUCUGAAUAAGCUGGACUCGGCCUCUCCAGAGAGGAUCUGUUUGACGUCUCGAGAUGAACAGAGUGUAUUAGUGGUGACUUACGCUGAACUCAAGCUAAACUUUGAGCGUGCAUUCAGUGAACUACUCACAACAACAACCCAGACCCACGCCACAUUCACGUAGCCGCGGGGAAAUCUAGAUCUGUAUCAAAAUUGUUUUCUUUCUCAUGACCCUGAAGAUCUUACAAAACUUUUUCCUCUUUUGCAAAAAAAAAGUGCUGGUCAGUAUUUGAACCAAAGGACACCUGACUUGAUAUUCACCUGAUCAAAAUUUUUAUAUUUGUGUAUAAAGUUGCAAUAUUGACUGCUCAGAUCUCGCUUACAAUGGCCGAAUGUUGUGUUUGGAGGCUGAUUUAUGGAGUAUUGUGCUCUCGCAUUCAAGUGCUUGUCAGAACCUAGGCAGCAAUCUCUACUGGAGUAUUCCACCAGGAAUCACUGGGUGAACCGAAUGGAUUCAGAGCAAAUGUUAAUUUAUUUUUUAAUUGCUUAAACAAAAUGAAUAGCAUGUCAAUGAUGGCCCCUUAGGAGGCUGGACAUUUUGGAGAGAAAUUUAUUAUUUUGUGUAUUUAUUUGUAUUUAAUGCAUUUUUAUUGUUGAUAGAUAUUACUGUUGAUUUAAAUGUGAUGAGUUUUGGGCAUUGUGGAAAACACACAUAUAAACAUGAUAAAUGGCAGCAGUAUAGCCUGGGAAGGGAAGAUUUUCUGGAGAAAAACUGUAUCUUGGUUUGUUUUUCAAAAGAGCUCCACAUGUAGAUGUGUGGGAGAUGGCUAGCAGUUUGAAUGAUUAACUGAUCCUAUUGACUUGUACAUUGGGCUCUGACUGACAGUCUGUUUUCUCUUUAUUAUUUCCAAAGGGACAGAACUCUUAUUGACUGUGUUGGCCUUAUUAGGUUGACAUUAUUGGUGUGUGAUGGAUUAUCUGCUCAUAUUAAUGACAGCUUUAUCUACAUAUCCUGCCCAUGUUAACAUGAACUGAUUCAAAUUCUUACAUUUUUUGCAUUUGUGCAAUACAUAUUUGUAUUUAAUGCAAAUUUUGGCAUGUCGCAUUGUAUGUCCUAGGGCUCAUUGUGUUCAAAUGUGUGAAAUGUUGAAAUUUCAGGCAAUGAAAUGGAAAAUUUUUAUUUAAAUCAUGAAUUUUAAAAUUGACUUCAAUAAUAAGAUUGAAAUGGUUAAAACAGAAGUGUGAGAAAAAUUGAAAUUUGAUUUUUGUAGGGUCAUUACGUUUCUUAUUAAGCCCUAAUAUAAUGUUGUGAUAACAUUUUUAAUGGUAUUAUUAUAUUUUAAAUUGUGCUACUUAGGUUCCUUUGAAUGCCUUGGUUUACACGUAGGCUUUAUUUAAGCCUAGAAGAAUUACAUAGCUUACGCAGUUAAAACAUUUAUGUGAUGUUAAGAUAAACCAUUGAUUGUAAACAGAAGCAUUCUGAGUCUCUCACAUGUUUAUUAAUCACUUAAAUCGCUGUUUUACUGUGAAGGGGUGUUAUUUAUUAUGAAAGUGUUUCAAUGUUGCCAACCUUAUGAUCUCUAAAAUGAAGAUUCUUUUUCAUGUCCGCAAAGAGAAAGUGACAUUUCUUUUUCAUCUUGGUUAUGAGAAAAUGCCAUUGGUCAUUAGAAAUAUGGAGGAAGAUUGGGUACAGUUGGUUAUGAAUAAUGUUGGACAUGUAAAGAUUCUUAGAUUUCCCAUUAAAUGUUAGUCUAUCAGCAACAUUGAAAUACUGAUUAAUUUUAACAAAACUUGGCAGCAUGUUUUUUCUGUUGUUGACCUGGCCUGUACAGAAUCUGAAGACAAGUGUACAGGUGAAAUAUUUUUAUGAUGACAAAAUGUUAAAAAAUACCAAAUAAAAAAUAAUAAAAUAUUGAAUAAAAUUA